AUGGCCACGUCUAUGCUGGGGCCCAAGCAGGCCGAGGAGCUGCACAAGGCCAUUAUCGCGUACCUCGCGACUCACAACCUACCUGAAUCUGCUGCGGCGUUGCGGUCGGAAGCCAAUCUGACCGAGGAAACCUUUGACGCGGCGACCGCAAAAAAGUACGAGACCUUGUUAGAGAAGAAGUGGAAUAUUGUCGGCCGGCUGCAACGGAGGGUCAUGGAUCUCGAGAGCAGGAACAAGACACUCCAGACGGAAAUGGACAACCUCACACCAUCUGCGCUGUCCCAGCGAAUUGCGACCGGAUCGGAUGACUAUACCAUCAAAAUUUGGGAUUGGGAAGAGGGCGAAAUCGAGCGCACGAUCAAAGGCCAUACCAGAGCUGUUUUGGACGUGGAUUUUGGCGGUCCAAGAGGAGGCAUUCUCUUGGCAUCAUGCAGCUCUGAUCUCAAGAUCAAACUCUGGGACCCGAGCGAUGAUUACAAGAACAUCCGGACGCUGCCAGGCCACGACCAUAGUGUGAGCGCAGUCCGCUUCAUACCUUCAUCGGGCAAUCUACUCGUGAGCGCCAGCCGAGACAGGACGAUCAAAAUAUGGGACAUUACAACAGGAUACUGUGUCAGGACAUUAGAAGGGCACGCAGCGUGGGUGCGAGACAUUUCGCCCUCCUUUGAUGGCAAGUUUCUCUUUUCAACAGGCGACGACCAGACUGGGCGGCUGUGGGACAUUUCGACACAGACAGCGGAGACGAAGAUGACCAUGAUUGGACAUGAGCACUUCAACGAAUGCUGCGCUAUCGCGCCGCCAUCAUCAUAUCAACACUUGGCACCGUUGGCAGGUCUGAAGAAACCACCGCCGCCUACAAGUUCGGCCGAGUUCAUGGCUACCGGCUCUCGUGACAAGACGAUCAAGCUUUGGGAUGCCAGGGGCCAGUGUAUCAAGACACUCGUAGGGCACGACAACUGGGUGAGAGCGGUGGUCUUCCAUCCAGGAGGCAAAUAUCUCAUCUCUGUAUCAGACGAUAAGUCACUCCGAGCAUGGGAUCUCAGCCAGGAAGGAAAAUGUGUCAAGGUACUCAGCGACUCGCACGAACACUUCAUCUCAUGCUUACGCUGGGCGCCUUCAAAAGCGACCACAGAGACGAAUGGCGACGCCAACGGCUCACCAAGCAAGACGGCUUCUGCUGCAGAGGGACAAAUACGAUGUGUUCUGGCUACUGUGGGGGUAGACUGCAAGCUGAGGAUAUUUGCAAACUAG